CGACCUGUCUGCGGCGGCAGGAGGAGGAGGAGGUGCAGCAGGAGGAGGAGGAGGAGGAGGAGGAGGACAGGGGACACAUGACUCCGGAGGAAUUUCCCUCCGCUGCUCCCGUCCUUUGUGUAGCGCAGUGAGUUGAGUGUGGGAGCCGCAGGGUGAGAGGCAGAGGAGAGGGGGACACACAGAGGAGAAGAAGGAGAAGAAGAGAUGUCGGAACAACCAGCCACAAACCCCGCUGCCACCACGUACCCUGCCCCGACGAUCUCUCUCCCCCUGGGACUGGAAGUACUCAGGACUUACUCUGGAGCUCUGGUCUGCUUAGAAAUAUUAUUUGGGGGUUUGGUAUGGAUCCUGGUGGCCUCCUCCAACGUGCCCGUGCCUCUGCUGCAGGGCUGGGUGAUGUUCGUCUCCGUCACCACCUUCUUCCUUUCCUCCGUCUACCUCGCGAUCCUCGUCACCGGCCUGGCUGACCGCAUCAACACCGACUGGAACUUCUUGGAUGUGUUUUACCAUUUCAUAGCUCUGCUGUUCUACUUCGCCGCCUUCGUGUUGGAGGCAGCGACCACAGCAGCAAGAGGAGAGGCCCACAUCAACAGCACUGAAUGUGGCUGGUGUUCUCCAAACCCUCGAGGCAACAUAAUGACAGUCCUGAAUGAAACGCAGUACGGUAUUAAUGUGGCAGCCACGAUAUUUGCAUUCAUAGUGACCCUAUGCUAUGGCUGCAGUAUGGUGAUGGGCUUCAAGAGGUGGAUGGUGUAACCUGGGAAAAAACAACGUAAACAAAUUCUACAAACGCUGCGUAACUUCAGCAUAAAACAUCACAACAUCCACCCAAAGCUCCAGAAAAAACAACUGCUACACAGCUUUUAUUUGAGUACAAACUCGAUAAUUUCCCGAUGGGAAACUCCUGUCAGCGAGCGAUCACAGCGUCAAAGCUACACAGGGAGAGUGUGGAGAAAAGGAAUUCUGCCUCAGUCAAAACAUCUGUCAAGAUUUCUGGAAAAUAAUAUUCCCGCAGGAUUCCAAUCGUCUGAGGUUUGGUUUCAAGCUCUGUAGGUUGAGUCUGCGUUGAAGGUAUUUUGAGAACAACGUUAAAGGAAAAGUAGUUAUUGUCCAGUUAGCACCAUAUGAUUUGUAUUCCUCUGCUGCUAACCCGAUGAUUUCACUGCUUUGCCAGGAAAAUCUAUGUGGGAAGUUUGGGAACGUUGUGCCUUUUGAGGCUCAUUCGGGCUCAUUUUACGAGAUGCAAGUGACGCCUCUGACAGUUGUGGUUUUGUUUUCUUACCCGCUUUGUUAAUCAUACAGAUAUUGACCCAUUUCCUGAGUCAUAUCCUCACUGGAGGAGAUAUUUCCCAUCGCCAUGACCACAAAAACCCGUCUAUGUUCUGUGUAUGCAGCUGAAAGGAUAUGCACAACAAGACCUGAUGGAAAAGACCCUGAAAGGCAAAGUGAUUGUUUUUACUGUCCUCCAGUUACUUUGGUGCUAAAGUGCCGCAGACCCACUCUAGAUUAAACAUGUGGCCAUUAUUUAAACUGUGAGUUUAUCUGAUGUUUGAAUUGCAAAGGUUUGAUUACUAGUUAAUAGCACUUUUUGUCAACUUUUAUCAGUAUAUACAGCAUAAAUAUUUUUCACCAAAUUGUAACUAUUGCGCUAUUCAGUCAAUGUAGUAUCUGUUGCUGUUUAAACUUUAAUGAGUGCUGUGUGUGACUAACUCUAGUGACUUAGUGAUAAAUAUAACUCGACCAAGGUCUGGAUUCAUUUGUUUUGAGGCUUUUUACUAAAAUCUAAUAAUCUAAUCUGAGCAUCAAUAAAAAUGCUUUUGUCACCUGCUAGAUUUCAAAUAACAGUGAUCGGUGGAUUGUUUAUAUGCUUUAAGUAGUAGGUUUUUACUGUUUGACCAUUAUUGUAUUUGUAUGGAUACAUCAUUAAAUUUUCCAAAUCAA